AUGAUAACUGACAAUGCUUCAAAUUUAAAAAAAAUAACUAAAGAUGAGUUGAUGACUCGUGAUGUUUUUGGACGAACCGUUCUUCAUGUGGCUAUACUACUGAACGAUCCUGAUUCGUUGAGCCAACUUACCAAAAAUCCCAACUUCAAAUACAUUCUACAAUCUUGUGAUUACGAAAAUGGAUGGAACUGCAUGCACUAUAUCAUAUUUUACAAGCGGCUCCAGUGUUUCAAUGUUUUGAUACAAUAUUUGCACACCAGUUUGGGCAAUUUGUUUGCGCCGAACGGGGCCCUUAUUGAGCUACUAAAAUGCAAGGACAGGUGCGGAUAUACUUGUAUGCAGUUGAUUGCUCAUGAUCUUUCGAAUGUGCAUGCGGUCCCGGAAUACAUCGAUGUCGGUGACGAGUUUAGUUGGAAGAGUAGAGGGGAAAUAAGCGACAAGAGGUUACUUUUGAAUACUGAUUUUUUGGAUGAUGCUGAGCACGACGUAGAGGAGCUUGACAGAUCUGCGAGAUUGCGUAAAGGGUCAGAUGUUUAUGUAAUUGGAUGCAACAGCAAUAACCAGUUGGGUCUUGGAGACUCCAAAGACCGAUCACAACCAUUGAAAGUAUUUGACGAGGCAUUUGUCUAUGAACAAAACGAUUCCGAAGUUCUUGCUGAGAGAUUUUGCAAACCCAGGUUCAAGAAAAUGGUCAUUUCAAAGAACCAUGCAGCUAUAAUUACUGCUGAUGGAAACGUGUUCACUUGUGGUGUUGGCUCAAGAGGACGAUUGGGUCAUGGUCCAGCUGAUUUGUCCGGUUCAUUCAAGUUUAGCCGAGUUGACUUUUUUCAUGAUGAGGGAAAGAGCGUGGAGGAUAUAGCCAUUUCAAACAACCACUCGGUUGUUUUAACUAGUGACGGUGAUGUAUAUGCUUGGGGAAUGAACGGAUUCAACCAAUUAGGUGUCAACACCCCGUCUACUAAAGCCAUCAAUAGUUAUUUGGAUGAUUGGAUUGCUACCCCAGUAUUGGUUGCAGGAGAGUUGAGAAAAAACAAGACCAAAACACUACUCGGGGUUGAUGUUUCCAAAAUCCAUUCAGUGACCUGGUCAAAGAAUGAAUUGUAUUUUUGGGGGUUGAAUGUGGGCCAAAUGGGGAUCCAGCGUAUUCGAGGCGAUAUUGAACUCAAGUUGCACGAUGAAUCUGUAAAGGGAGAAAUCCAAACAUCUCCGAGAGCUACAAGUCUACGAGAUGAAAUCAAGUGUGUUAGUACAACUGAAUUGUGCACUUUUGUCGUCACGGCUUUAAAUGAUAUUCACGUCUAUUACAACUAUCAGCACUAUAAGUUACCAAAGGUCCCAGUCAAGGGGUUGGGUGAUAAACACUUUGACUUCUUCAAACCAAGGCGGUUAACGGAAGGGACUGUGAUUACAAAAAUCGUUACUCGGGGUCCUGAUUGCUCCAUGGUUUUGUUGUCCAGUGGGUCUGUUGUGAGCUUUUCAUUGAAUUCAACUGAUGUUAAGAAUACAAAAUACUCCACUGUCUGGAGGCCCCAGAACGAAGACAUGAAGGUUGUUGAUUUUGAUAUAGGAACAGAUGGGUCGGUGGUUUUGUGUACUAUGGCCGGUACUGUUUUUUUGAAACUCAAUCAAUCCAGCCAAAGGCGAAACUCAAUGAGCGGGGCCGUGCUACCCAUUCUGGUUAACAAGAACAAGUUCAAAAAGAUUGAAAAUGUCAAUAGAAUCGUGCAAGUGACUUGUGACCCAAAGUUUCUAUCGUUUGGAUUUAUUCGAGAUGAGAUUGAUUUGUUACCCAUGGAGUUACACGUUAAUGAUUUUGUAUCUGAUGUUCGACAAUUAUCCCCCAUGUCUGAUUUGUACUUGUACAGAAAACAAGAUCAAUUGAUGAGGAAUGAAAAUGGUACUGUUGACAGCGAAGAGAAUGAAAUUGAUUGGAGCUUAAAGCAAACUGAACAAUAUUUGGUGGAAAAUUUUGGAUGUGAUGGAGCCGAUUUUGAUAGUGAGAAUAAACUAUAUGAUGCAAGCAUUCAGCUUAAUGAUGGAAAAACUGUGUGUUUCCAUAAGGAUUUGCUUCAAAAUAUUUCAUCAAGAUUUAAUGCCUUAGUUGGUGCACAAGGAGACAUGAUUAUGGGGAAGCACUUUCAUGCCAAAUGGAAUUCCGGCAAGUCUUGCUUGGAGGUUACUUCUCCAACUAAAUACCUUUCAGUGCUUUUAUUUGUACAGAGUGUUUACACUGGCGCCAAAGUGGAUCUAUGGUCAAGCUUUGGCUCGAGGUCAAGAGUUCCAGGUCACUUGAAAUUAGUCUUUGAUCAAUUUGAUGAGCUAUGUGCUUUAUUUCAAGUGAACUCUGGACCCAAACACCUUUUAAAUGGGUUCAGUAAUAUGCUAUCAACUUCAAGUGGAUCUGUCAAGUUUGAGUUGAAGGAUGGGGAAACGUUUGCUCAUGCUUAUAUUCUCAAAGUGAGAUCGGCCUUCUUUGAGACAAUUUUGUCUGAGAGAUGGGGUAUCUCCUCUUCUGUAACACUUGAUUUCACAGGGUUAACAAAGGCACAAAUGGAGAUCAUAUUGAGACACAUUUAUGGUGAUGACGAUAAGGAUUUACUAAAUUGCUACAAGUUCAAAUUUUGUGAGUCUGAUGUGUUUAUCAAUGAGGCACUUGAGAUGAUUGAAAUUGCCGAUGAGUUGUUAUUGUUUCAAUUAAAGGCGGUGUUUGAGAUUGCCAUUGCGGAAUUGGUGUCAUUGCAAAAUGUAUUGUCAUUGGUUGUCAAUGCAGACUAUAUUUCAGCACACAAGUUGUUUUUACAAUGUUGUUGGUUUAUUCAUCACAAUCUAGAAGUUCUUCUAUAUGACCCAACGUUUCAGAGUAUCCCAAUAGACAUUGUGGAAAAGAUUGAGCAUUGUUUUGGAUUUGAAUCAUUUGAUGACAAUGAAUUUUGCAAGGUCAUUCCGAAAGAUGUAUCUGUUCCUCGCUUUGUUUCAAACUUGUGUUUUCAUAAUGAGUACUUUAUGAGCGAUCGCAAAGGAUUCUCCUCAUUUGAGCCAUUGGUCGAUCCUCGCUUAGAGGUAAAGAAACUAAAGGAACCAACCAAGAGACGAAGAUCGAGAAAGAGCUCCACCUUGAAUGCAGAUAUAGUCGACUUUAGAAAGAACUUCGCAGUUGAGAAUCAUAAAGAGUCUCCACCUGUCAUUGAAGAAACUACUGAAAAUGAGUUUAUCGAGGUUUCUAAGAAAUCGAGGUCCAAGUCGCAAACAAAAGCAACUGCACAACAAUCCAGCAACGAUUUGAGCCCACCCCCGCGAGAUAAAAAUGGUACAGGUGAUGGCAAAUUUGGUACACGAAGGGUGAGGGUGAGCAGUGUUGGUUAUCCCACCGACAAGCCCGCGCAAGUAUAUUCAGCGCCGACUGCAUCACCACAAUUAUCAUGGGCCACCUCCCCUCCUUUGACUUCUCAUUUCAAAACAGAACGGCCAGUCUCGAAAUCACCAGAACCAUUCACGUUGAUGGGAAACUCAAAUGAGUCGAAGCAAUUCAAACCAAAAAUGGGGCCGCAUGUCAAGCUCUCACAAAAAGAAAGAAAAAAGCUAGCGGCAGCUUCAACAGUAGCGUCAACAGUAGUUGAAAAUAAGACGGCCGCUCCCAAACUGAAACAGCCAGAUCUUGCACCAUGGGCAGCUUUAUCGACUGACACGGCAGUACCUACAACCUCUGCAAGCUUUCCUGCCUUGGGCGCAACAAGGGUAAAGUCACCCGUUAAUGCCCUCCCAACGACAAAACAUUCCACCAGAUCCAUUCGUGAUAUGAGUUCUCCAAUGAUUCAUGCAAACUCAUCCACAUCCUCACUCUCAAGUAUUUACUCCACGCCAUCGUUGGCUGAGGUCAUGCGUGGUGAGUCGCAAAAGACUGACUACACACAAGAGGAUAACUUGCCGAAGAGGACGUUGGCAGAAGUUCAACAAGAACAAGAGUUUGAGAAAUGGUGGCAAGAGGAGUCUAGGAAAGUUCAACAGGAGAUUGGUGGGUUGCAAAUUGACAAUAAGAAACAAAGAACCAAGAAGAAAGUAGAGAGUGAAUUUUGUGGUGGCUUGACAAAGAAUGGCACUGCAGCAAAAAAGGGCAGCAGGACACGAUCCAAUGGGUCCGCUGUGGAACCAGUGGAAAUCAAAAGGAAAUUCUCCAACAGUAAGUAA